GAGGCCGACUCUUUCGCCCUGACAGGUGCCUUCAUGCUGAUUGCGUACUACAUUAUGACGUAAAACAAUGCCUGCAUUGUAAAUCGUAACAUAUCAAUAAUCUUCUUUCACACAUUUUAAGUUGACAGAUUAUUUAACUUUCCUAGUCCCUCAGUAGCUUGUAAAAGUUAGAUUUGCCUCGUGGUUUCAGUGGAUUUUAGCACAUUUAUCAGCAAUGCCACAACAUUCAGUAGUUAUACGCUAUGGGGCAUACGAGUCAUGCGGCGUCGUGAAACACAGUACUUUUCGUCUGGAAGGUCUUCAAGCUGCUUUGAAUGAGUCGGGGUAUCAAUGUGUUCUACAGCCAACAUGUGACUGGAACAUGGUGGAGCUGGUAAUCAAUGGAGAGUAUGUCUACACAUGCAACAUCAAGCAACUUGAGUUCGGAGGAGACGGGAAACUAGACCCCCUUUGCAAGGAGGCACUUGCUGCAGUGAAAAAUGCAUACUAAGCGAAACUGAUGCACUGUUUGAUGGGCAGCAAACGUAAUAUGAAGUCUACAAAGAAAGAAGACAAAUUUGAAUUCUGUUAAAUGACAAGCAACACAGCAUUUCUUCUUAAAGGGUCAAAUCAGCAAAGGAAGACCAAUGUUAAAACUGUCCUCUUAAAUCAAGUAGUGUUCUAUUUCUACUUAAAAUGUUGAGGUUGGGCUACAAAAAUGGUUACACUUAUAGUGUUUAUUUUCUUGUAUUUAAUGUCUAGGUAUUUGCUCUGAAGUUACUCUACUGAUGUCUACAGUGAGCCACUGACUAUCUAUAAACUACCAAGUUUAUGGCCACAAAAUAUUAACCAUAUUUAGUAUCUGGCAUUACAU